GGAGACAUCACCGACGAAGAAGCUCGCCAGAUUCUCUGCGGAGCAAAAUCCUGAGAUGACAUAUCCAGAAGAUGAGGCUCAUGAAUCUCCAGGCGAACCGCAACCGAAAGGAACUCCCAAAUCAACGCCACAGCAAGUACAGGACGGCGCAGUCGAGACACCACCCUCAAUCCGAAGGCGAGAAACCGCUGGUGCCCUAGCCGCGGCUGCCGCUAGGGAGGCUGUUCGUUUUGGGAAGCCAGCCAUUCCUAAGAAAGGCAAGCUCACAAGGCCAUCCAAAAAGAUCGGUACACCCACCUCCGGUGUUCAACGUCUGGCAUCGAAUAUGUCCAAGGCGAAUGUUGCUUCUAGACGUUCCGAGAUUCCUGAGACUCCUGGUGUGAGCUCCGUGGAAAAACGAGCUGUCAAGCCGCUCUCUGAGAGUCAGGUCUGGGAGGUACAAGAUUCGAUCGAACAGAUGGAUGUCGGCGUUCUACACGAGGACUCCGAUGAUACAGAAGGCCCUACACUUGCUGAACCAGAAGCUGAAGACAUGGAGGAAGCUAACAACAUCUUGCUCGCCCCGAAUCGCGUGUUUGCUCUUUUCCGCGGCAAUGAUACCAAAUACUAUCCAGCCACCUGCCUUGGUCCUGCUGAUGGAACUCACUGGAGAGUACGAUUUGACGAUGGAUCUGUCGACACGAUGUUGGCGACGGAAAACUUCAGGAACCUUGACCUGCGAAUCGGCGAUCAAUUGAAGGUUGAUCUACCUGACAUGCGGAAGCAUAUCUAUGUUGUGGUUGGCUUCAAGGACAAGACUCACGCCAAUGAAGAGGAUUGGCCCUUGACGGACAGGUUUGGACACCGAACAGUUGCUCUGAAAACCAAGCCGCGAGAAGGUGAGCCCAAGGUCAAGCCAAAAAUGUCGAAGACGGUCGAUGUUCCCGUCACGAGCAUCUACAUCACUCAGACCAUGUGGAAGAACUUUAAGGACCGCCAUUAUAAACAUGCGUCCGGUCUUUCCGCCACCUUUGACCGUCGCUUUCAAACGCCUUCCAACACAUCGAUUCCUGGGACGCCCUUAUCCAGGUCUCGCCGGGACCCCGUGAAUGCUCUCACUACGUCUAUCCACCGAGCGUCUCCCGUGGCCUCCCACUGUGCGACCGGCGUCUUCACAAAUAUGGCCUUCGCUCUCUCCUUCUCUCACGACGACAGCGAACGCGAUGCCAUCUCAGCACUCAUCAUUAAUAACGGCGGCCGCGUUUUCGAAGACGGUUUCGAGACUCUCUUUCAACCUUCAGACGGUGCACUUGCGUUGACCACGGAAGCCACUUCACUAGGCUUCGUCGCCCUCGUUUCCGAGACCCACUCCAGACGCACCAAAUACUUCCAAGCGCUCGCACUAAACCUCCCUUGUCUCGCCGCCCGUUGGGUCCGCGAUUGCGUUGCAACGUCCUCCGUUGUAGCAUUCGGUCGCUACUUGCUACCAGCCGGCGUGUCUGCUUUCCUAGGCGGCGCAGUGCGUUCAAGGACCAUGACCCUUUUCGAUCCUGCGGGACCGGAGGGACGGUUCGACGAAGUGAUCAAGAGGAGAGAGCGACCGUUCCGGGGCGCAAUGGUGGUGUUUGUCUCUGGCCGUGCGAAGAAAGGAGAAAAGAGGGGCAAGACAUACGCAUUCCUCUGCAGGGCAUUGGGAGCCGAGAAAACCGUCGUGGUGAGAGACAUCGACGCUGCGAGAGCUUUUUUGGCACGUGAGACCGAGGAGGAUGCGGAUGAGGGUAUCUACGACUGGGUCAUUGUGGAUGGAGAGAAGCGGAGCAAGCUGGAGAGUCUCCUGUUCUCCCGAGCCGAGAAGAGGAAGAGAGACCGAGACGCGUCGGAGGACCAGAGCAUGGUGGGCACUGGCCUCGUCGCUGGCAGGGGCGUCAAGGUUGCUGGCGAUGAGUUUGUGGUGCAGAGUCUCAUAUUGGGGGCGUUAUGUGAGGGAUGAGCUGCUCUAGCUCUGAAUGUGCGAUGCCUCGGCGCAGGUAUUGUACGAGAAAGCAUGAUAGGCAUGACAUAUGUAUGCGCUACGAUGGCUGCCCUUGACUGUGGCGGCGAAUUACGGAGUAAGUGUAGGAUAGAUCCAAUUCGGCCCGUAGAGCCCUUGACAUUGUGGUUUUCAAAAUAUCAUACCUCUAGGAGGCCACGCAAGCGAUAUCAGCGUUGUCAGAACGGCUGGACGCUGAGUUUAAUGUCUACAGCGCUCUCUUAACAUUGCAGUUUUCAAAGCUUUAUACCUCUAGAAGGCUCUACAUGCCAUAUCAGCGCUAUCAAAUCGAACUAGACAAU